AUGUCGAACCAACGUUUUAUCACUUUGCAUAAACCACAGGAGCAAGAACAGCCUGUUGGUGAACUUCAGCUAUCCUCAAGAGCCUUACGCCCAAGUUUGAUCAGUGGAAACACAAUGAGCAAUAUGGGGUAUGGUGGAGAAAUUGCAUACAAUCCUGCAACGCUGCCAACAAUUCCGGAUUUUGACCUUUCAUUGUAUGAUGAAAACUUACAACAACAGCACGCUUUUGGCCAAUACAACAACCUUGAGACUGGGAUCAACGGCUACCAGCAAUGUAGUACCGAAGUUGACAUUGUCAACAGCUACUUGCCUUCUCCUUCCAUUAGCUAUUCAAGCAGCACAACCGAAGACUUGGGUAGUAGCGGGGGUAUCGUUAGCACAUGGUCUGUGCACAAUAUAAACUCCAUCGUUGGAUCCACACCUGGAGCUUCUCAACAACAAUACCAUCGACAUCACCAUCAAGCAACGUUUUCAACAAGCGGAUCGGCAUCAAGUUUCUCGACACCACCAUGGUGUACUCCUCUUUCCCCUGUGUCCAAUAGCUCCAUUGCGGUAUGUACAAAUUGGGAAGUUCCUGCUUGGAUGUUGUGCUCAUUCACACCAACCAUGAUUAAGAAUGACUGCAUCAGCACAUUCAAAGUUAUUGGCUACAAAUGGAACUUUGACGAUAAGCUGCAUUACAAUGCAAUCACUGCCAGGGUCGACCCAUUGCUAGAUGAUCCCAAAAACCUCCCACCAGGACCUUUCUUUGUGGCUCGUAGAUACGUACCCAAAAGUCACGGCAUAGAUGAAAUUCGGAUCGAUUCGAAUGAUCGAAUCAUGGUCUAUCGUGUCAUGGAAGAUGGAUGGUGCGUUGGUGGAAAAUGCUCAGCUCCCCUUGUAUGCGGUUAUUUUCCCGUUGGAUGCCUCUUGAUGGAAUCACUUUCACAACUUGACAAUACGCACCCGCAUCUCGCUGAUAUCUGGCGCCGUUUUUCGGAUUGUACACGAAAACCCCCCACUCGCAAAGAAUCAUUGGUGUGUCUUGCCUGUAACGGUAAUUCCGAUUUCCAGAGUCGUAAGAGCUUGAACCGCCAUCUCCGAACCAGCAUAAAGCACAGACCUCGCCAUCGUCGAAGGCAAUGCAAAGCAUGUGGUGAGUGGCUAUCUAGGACAGAUGCUUUUCGUAGGCAUCAACGAAGCCAACAUGAUGGCACACCACCAUAG